AUGCUCCCCAUGCCCGGCACCCCAGCUGCGUCAUGGGCCGUGUACAAGGCGAAAUUCAAGUCCGUCUUUGAGGGCGCCGAUCCACGUGUCUGUGCCGCCUUCUGGCUCUUCGGCCUUAUCAACAAUGUUCUUUACGUGAUCAUCCUCUCUGCGGCCGUCGACCUGGUCGGGCCUGCCGUUCCGAAGGGUGUUGUCCUGCUCGCCGACGUCAUCCCGUCUUUCAUCACCAAGCUGAUCGCGCCCUACUUCAUCCACCAAGUCCCAUACUCGGUCCGCAUAUGUGUCUUUGUAGGCCUUUCCACGGCCGGCAUGCUGUUGAUCGCUCUCACGCCUGCAACCCGGGACGGAGGCGCUAUUGGCAUACGAAUGUUGGGCAUCAUCUUUGCGAGUCUGAGCUCUGGCGGCGGCGAGUUGAGUUUCCUGGGGUUGACACACUUCUACGGCCACUUCAGCCUGGCUGCUUGGGGAAGUGGAACCGGAGGUGCCGGCCUCGUGGGCGCUGGCGCGUACGUGCUCGCCACCACCACUAUUGGCUUGAGCGUGCGCACCAGCCUGCUCGCGUUUUCGUUUUUGCCCGUGAUCAUGCUUGCUGAAUACGAACAGCUGGGAGGCGAUGAAGACGCAGAGGAUGACCUUCAGGAUCCGCUUGAAGACGGCGAUGGCCUUCUGAGUGGAUCCAUGAUGUCGGCUUCUGGGCGAAGCUUCACCUCCCUCCAGUCCCGAAGGAGCAAGGUCUGGAGGAGCUUACAGGCUAACCUGAACCGAGCUAGGCAUCUGGUCAUCCCCUACAUGCUCCCUCUUCUCCUUGUCUACAUCGCCGAAUACACAAUCAACCAGGGCGUUGCGCCAACUCUCCUAUUUCCGCUUUCAUCGAGCCCUUUCUCCGAGUACCGGGCCUUCUAUCCAACAUAUAACGCAAUCUACCAAGUAGGGGUUUUCAUCUCCCGAAGCUCGACGCCCUUUUUCCGCAUCCACCACCUCUACCUUCCUUCUUUUCUGCAGAUCGCCAAUCUGGUGCUGUUGACGGCACAUGCCGUUUGGGACUUUAUCCCAUCCGUCUGGAUCAUUUUCUUGAUAGUGUUCUGGGAGGGCUUACUGGGCGGGUUGGUUUAUGUGAGCACAUUCGCCGAGAUCACAGACAACGUGCCCAAAGCAGAGCGCGAGUUCAGUCUCAGCGCGACGAGCGUCAGCGACUCGGCGGGUAUCUGUGCAGCAGGAUUUCUGGGUAUGGCGUUUGAGGUGUGGUUGUGUGAGUGGCAGGUUGCACAUGGGAGGGAUUACUGCCGGAGGACUUGA